AGAGAAGAAGACACUGACACUGAAGACAACCUAGUUUUCAUUUCAAAACAAAACAAUGAGAAUGAUGAUUUAGUUAGUACUGCUCUCUGUUUCUAGUCUAUCUUUAACCUCUACUGUUUCAUUGCAGCCUAUUGUGAAAUUUAGUGACAUUCUUAUAACUUUUUAAAUUGAAAUCGAUCAGCCUAUAUUCAAUUAUCGUGUUAAUUCUCUGGCAUUGAAAAUAUUAUUGGAAAUAAAUUAUUGAUGCUUUGGACUGGACUUACCCUGGCUCAACACAAACAUAACCAAACUAGGACUAUCAAGUAUGCUUAAAAAGUCCUUUAAUAGUGAACAAUAUCAUCGAUAUUGAAAACAAAGUUAAAUCAUGGAUGAAGAUAGAAGAACUAAACUUAUUUCCCACUUCAGAGGAACUUAACUCAUUUCCCACUUCUAUUCAAGCUAGUGGUGUAAAACCUAAAAAAAAACCAUCCUCUGGAUGGAGGAAGGGAAAAGGAGGAAGAAGAGGGAAGAAGAACGCUUUUGGGAGAUAUCAUGGAGGAGGUCGAGGUGGUCGGGGACAAGGAUACAUGGAGGGAUUGAUGGAAACUCGGGCAAAAAUUGAAAACAUGGAGUUCAUGGAGGAUAGUUUCAGAAGAAGGGGCAAAGGACGAGGUGCAGGACCAAGGGACAGUGGAGAGGAGAGGGAAAGGCCGCCACCUGGCUUGAGGGGAAAAGCACUGGGUAUGUGGUACAGAGACAGAAGUAAAAGAAAAGGAGAGAAAGAAGAUAAAGACAAAAUAGAGCCUUGUAUAAAACUGUAUUUGGACAAGGACAAAGAAAAGGCUAUUAGGAGGAUUGUCAAUUCAAUUGGAACACCUCUUUUGAAGCCUCUUCAGACGGACAUACCGGAGCGAAUAGUGAAGAAAAGAUCAAGAUCACAUUCUAGAUCUCCAGAGAGUACAAGGUCAUUGAAAAUGGAACUCGUUCGCAAACCGCAGCCAGUCAUGAGUAAGAAAACGAUCAGUGACAAAUACAAACAUAUGGAGGAUAGUCCGUUCAAGAAGCUGUUUUUACAAAGUAUUACUGGAAAAAUGAUGGAUAAUGUGAACAAUGCUCUUCAGAUGCAAUCCAAGCUAUCCAGAAUCCCUCAGCUUGAUCAGGAUUUGUUGGAUGACCUUGAAAAUAAACGCCAGAGUCCACAGUACCAGGGGAUGCAGGAGUUCAGAAAAAAGUUGCCUGCGUGGGACAAACGACAAGAGCUACUUGACAUGAUAGAACAAAACCAGAUCAUUGUCAUCAGCGGAGAAACUGGAUGUGGCAAGACUACACAAGUAGCACAGUUCAUACUGGACGACCGGAUAGAGAAAGGUCUUGGGUCGACUUGUCACAUCGUCUGCACUCAACCUCGUAGGAUAUCUGCCAUUAGUGUGGCGGAGAGGGUGGCUGCCGAGCGCAACGAGACACUUGUGGAUGGCAGCGGAGGCGUAGGCUACACCAUUCGUCUGGAAACGCACCCACCGAGAGAACGAGGGUCCAUCCUGUACUGUACGACAGGCAUCCUACUGCGUAUGUUGGAGGAUGACCCGGCUCUCACUAGGGUGUCACACCUCAUACUGGACGAGAUACACGAGCGAGACACUAUCAGCGACUUUGCCAUCACCAUACUCAAGCAGAUCAUACACAAGAGGCCAGACUUGCAUCUGAUUUUGAUGAGUGCAACUCUCAACGCAGACCACUUCUCCAAGUACUACAACAACUGUGCCAUGAUCAACAUCCCUGGCUUCACAUUCCCUGUCAAGGAGUAUUAUCUGGAAGACGUUCUCCAGAUGACAAGAUACAUUCCUAGACCACAAUCUUCAAGGUUCAAAAGGUUUCCUAAAGACAAAAGAAGAGGUGUUGAAGAGCAAGAAGACAUGAUGCAGUUCAAGGGAAUGGUACAUCCUUAUUUGAGAGAAAUAUCGAAAUCCAAGAAGUACUCUCCAGAGGUGAUUAACUUCCUGUACGAGCCACAAUCAGAAGAGAUCAGUCUGGAACUGAUAGUGGAGUUGAUAAGGCACAUAGACAGAUCAGAAGGGGAAGGAGCCGUGCUGGUGUUCCUGCCUGGCUGGGAUAAGAUAUCCAACCUGAACAAGCUGCUGGCUAAAGAGGGGUUCAGUGAAAGAACUGGUUUUCUUGUGAUCCCUCUACAUUCAAUGUUGUCCACAGUUGCUCAAAAGACUGUUUUCGACAAACCACCUCCAGGCAUGAGGAAGAUUGUUAUUGCGACCAACAUAGCAGAAACGUCCAUUACAAUAGAUGAUAUCGUUUUUGUGAUUGAUUGUGGCAAGAUCAAGAUGAAAAACUUGGAUUUGACGCUUAAUAUUACAACUUUGAAGGAAGAAUGGGUCAGUUUGGCCAAUGCUAGACAGAGGAAAGGAAGAGCUGGACGAGUGCAAGAGGGAGUCUGUUACCAUUUGUACACCCGAGCCAGAGAACAACUGCUGCAGUCUUACCCCGUGCCCGAGAUACUUCGCACCCGACUGGACGAGGUGGUAUUGCAAGCCAAGAUGUUGCAACUCGGGCACAUCAAGCCAUUCCUUACCCGAGUCAUGGAUCCUCCCGAACUCAAAGCUAUCGACCUGUCUCUCAAGCUCCUGAAGGACCUGAACGCCCUAGAUGAUGAUGAGCAUCUUACUCCUCUGGGCUAUCAUCUGGCCAAGUUGCCCAUGGACCCUCAGACUGGCAAGAUGAUCCUGAUGGGAGCUUUGUUCUGUGUCGCUGACCCUGUGUUCUCUGUGGCGGCCAGUCUCAGCUUCAAGGAUGCCUUUACUGUACCUUUAGAGGACGAAAAGGAGUUUUUCAAGAAGAAGAAGGAGCUAUCGAUGGGCACCAAGAGUGAUCAUUUGGUGUUGGCAGAGGCGCUCACACGAUGGGAGGCAGAGAAUAUGACUAACGGCGGCUGGCGGUUCACCAGAGAAUACUACCUUUCUCCCAACACACUGUCCAUGCUCAAAGACAUGAAGAAGCAGUUUGCCCUGUACUUGUAUGAUAUGAGAUUUCUACCAGCUAAGGAAGUCAAGAAUCGAGCUUGCAACAGAAACUCUCACAAUAUCGGCCUUAUCAAAGCCAUCAUCUGUGCGGGGCUGUACCCCAAUGUGGCAAUCAUCAAGCAUUCAAGGAAACUCAAAAAUGGAAGGUCUGUACAGUCAAUAAUCACACCGGAAGACGGACGUGUUAAUUUGCACAUGCGUUCAAUAAACUAUGAUGAAGCAAACUUUGAAGGCCGAUUCCUGGUGUACCAUCUCAAGAUGAAGACAACUAAAGUGUACUUGUACGACUCCACGAUGGUGUUUGCUCUGCCACUGAUAUUCUUUGGAAACGAUUUUGAGCUCUUCAAAGAAAACGGGAUGGUCGUCAUCGAGCUUUCCCCCAAGAUCCGAUUCACUUGCGAUGUUUCAACUGCUCUCCUCAUUAAAGAGUUAAGACAGAGAUUGGAUCAGCUGUUGGAACAUAAGGUGGCUCAUCCCGGAGUUACUAACUGGGAAGCUGAUUCAGACGAGGGGAAAUUGUUGAGAGCAAUCGCAGAAUUGAUUUCUCACGAAGACGAGAAACUGUUAUUGGGCGAUGAGAGUGAUGAUGACUAUUAUGAAGAAGAAGAAGAAGAAGACCAGGAGGAGGGUGAUUACGGAGAAGACGGUUACAGUGACUCAAUAAGUAACUCGGAUAACUACACCAGCUCCUCACACCAGAACCAUCGCAGAGGAGGGCCAAGGAGAUACGACGAUGAUUCUUACUCAAGCCAAGACCAAGGUUACACCAGCUUUUCUAGUCGUAGAUCACAGGCGUCCACAUCCGGUGUCGUUCCUUUCCCUAAAAUAUGGUAAUGUGAAGAAUUAAGCUCAAGAAACCAUAAAAAUGUUUUUCUUUGUCAAAUUAAUUGUGAUAUAAAUAAAGAUUAAUAGUUCUGGUUUUUAA